AUGUCGCCCGUAACAUCAAGGCUCAUAGAAGAAGACGACGCACUCGCCGUACUUACUCUCCGUAACCUAAUCUUCGACAUAUGCAACCAGAAUGGCGGUGGGCACGGAGGCUCUGCCAUUGGCAUGGCAGCUAUCGGCGUCGCAUUGUGGAAGUACAUCAUGAGGUACAACCCGUCGAAUCCGCAGUGGUUUGAUAGGGAUAGGAUGACUGUAGGGCACUGCGCAAUGUUCCUCUAUGCCCUCAACCACCUAACUGGGUACGACGCCUGGACAAUGGCGGAGCUGAAAGGGUAUGGGGACGCAAAGCUGAACGGGUAUGAGACGCUUGCGCAUGGACAUCCUGAAAUUGAGUGUCCUGGUGUCGAGGUUACGACAGGGCCGUUAGGUCAGGGGAUUGCGAAUGCAGUUGGGUUGGCGAUCGCGGCCAAGAACCUGGGGUGGACGUUCAAUGAGCCGGGGUUUGAGGUUGUGCGGUCGAGGGUCUGGUGUAUGACCGGGGAUGGAUGUUUGAUGGAAGGGGUCGCGUUGGAGGCGAUCUCUCUAGCCGGGCACCUGAAACUGGACAACCUAACUCUGAUAUACGAUAACAACGGUGUGACUUGCGACGGUCCGCUAGCCUGGAUCAACACCGAGGAUGUGAAUCCUAAGAUGCGUGCUUCUGGAUGGCAUGUGCUCGACGUACUUGAUGGAUCCCACAAUGUUCAAAGUAUACGGGAAGCCUUGCAGCACGCAAAGAAUCUUCAAGGAAAGCCAGUAUUCAUCAACAUCCGCACAGUGAUUGGAGUCGGGACAAGCACAGCAGGCACAGCAAUGGCCCAUCACGGUGCCUUCGAUACGGAAAGUGUCGCAGCAUCUAAGAUCCGCGCUGGCCAGGAUCCCUCUAGCACGCACUCCCCGUCCGAACGAGGCCUGGCCUUCUUUCGAGAGAGGAAAGCAGCCGGUGAGACCCUGGAGGAGGAAUGGAAUGACCUAAUCUCGCAAUACGCAAAGAAGCAUCCAGUCAAGGCUGCGAAAUUUGCCGCUCGUCGCUCGGGGAAUCUAGACACAGAUUCGAUCACAAAAAUUCUCAUGAGGCUAGACAGUACAGUGUUCGAGGGCACAGCAACUCGAGAAUCCAAUGGACUCAUCCUGCAGAAGCUCUGGGCGGAAUGUCCCGCUCUCUGUGGCGGAGGGGCUGAUCUCGUCACCUCGAAUAAAUUCCUCUACUCGGAGACCGACAUCUUCUUUCCAAACACUGGAGCUGGAUGUAAGGGUCGAUAUAUCCGCUAUGGGAUCCGCGAGCACGCAAUGGCGGCGAUAUCGAAUGGGCUGGCAGCAUAUCACCCGCGCACGUUCCUCCCUGUCACGGCGACGUUCUUGAUGUUCUACCUAUACGCCGCUCCCGGCGUCCGCAUGGGCGCGCUCAGCCAUCUCCCUACCAUCCAUAUCGCCACCCAUGACUCCUUCGCCGAAGGUCAGAAUGGCCCAACGCAUCAGCCCGUCGAACUGGAUAGCCUGUUCCGAGCAAUGCCAAACUUGACAUACAUCCGGCCCUGCGACGCCGAAGAGACGCUCGGCGCGUGGAUCUAUGCCCUGACUAGCGCGAACGCAAAGACCAGCCCGACUAUGAUAUCCGUCGCGCGGGACCCUGUUUCCCACGUUCCAAAUACAGAUCGACUACAGGUCCUGCGUGGGGCGUAUGUGAUUGACGAAGUCAUGGAUGCCGAUAUCACGCUUGCUAGCUGUGGGAGUAGUUUGUGCCAUGUCGUUGACGCUGCUCGGAUCCUGCGCGGAGACGGUGUCAAAUGUCGAAUUGUGAGUUGUCCGAGUUUCGAUCUUCUCGAUCGUCAGGAGAGGGAGUAUCAAGAGGGUGUAUUUAGGCUCGAUGGGAAGCCUAUUGUUAGUGUGGAGGAGUAUGUGGCGACGACAUGGGCGCGGUAUGUGACGGCGAGUAUUGGGAUGAGUGGUUUCGGGUACUCGGCAUCUAAUAAGAGUAAUUAUGCGCGGUUUGAAUUAGAUGCGGAGGGUAUUGUAAGGAGAGUGAAGGGGUAUUUGGCUUUCUUAAAUGGGAGGGAUGCGAGGGGAGUUGGUUGGCAGUCUCUGUAG